AAUGAAGACUAUGAUAAUCAAGAUUUGGAUCAGACAAAUGAUGAAACUGAUGAUACUCACGAAACUUUUCCCUCAGUAGUAGCUGCUGUUGAACGUCAAGAAGAGACAGUGAUGACAGAACUUAUGAUGUCACAAAACUUAAUAGAGAUUUAUAAAAACUUUCAGGAUAGUCGCAAAUGGUGCCUUUCGACGAGGAGGAUACUCACUACAAUUUUUCGAUCAAAUGCUCACAUGAACAGUACAUAA